CCCAGAGAAAGGCACAGGGAAGCCAGAGAGUUGGGAGAAAGUGAUACAAUGAAGGAGAUGUAUCCCACUGAAAGUAUAUAUAACCUUAUCCCUCAGGAAGAGGUGAAGGCAUCCAAGCAGCCCAGAUAUGUAUCAAUGUUCCGGGAAUCUGUCAAGGUUGAAACUAAAAAGGACAAAGCUGCCCACAAAACCAUGGGACCAGCAAAGGUAGACCCACCGUUGCCUGGAGAUUUCCUGCAAAAACAUACAAAAGAGUUGAUGUUGGCUCAAAAAAGUGCUUCCAUUGAUCCCUUUGAGAAAGUCCCAAGGUGUCUAGAUGAAGAGAGGAGGCGCCCCCCAGUUCCCCACCAUACAGAGCACCCAGUCAUGGGAGUACAUUCCAAUAAGGAUUUCAUCCAGACCAACGUAGCAGAAGCUGUCAUGGCUGUGCCGAAGAAGCCGCAACCCAUAUUUGUUGACACUAAAAAAGGAGAUAAGCAUGUGCUUGAAACAUCUGGGCUUGUUCCUAAAUACUUGAAAAAAAAGGAUUACGGUGAAACUCCAGAAUACAUAGUAAAGCGGAAUGAAGAAGUAAAAAGAGCCCAGGAAGAAUAUGAUGCUUAUGUAAAAGAGAGACUCAGGAUGGGAGCCAUGAAGCAACUGUCUGAUGAAGAAAGGCAAAGUGUCCUAGAGGGACUGAAGAAAAAUUGGGACAAACUACACCAUGAUUAUCAAGGACUGUCAGUUGUGAUUGAUACACCACCAAAGAAGGCUCACAAAGAAAGGCUGGAAGCUGAGAUGAAACAGUUAGAAAAAGACAUUGAUCGACUGGAAAGGCACAAAAUAAUCUACAUAGCAAAUAAUUAAAUGCUGUUUAAAAUGAGCCUGUCUUACCCUCCAGAACAUCACUAUGGAACCAGCUGAGUAUAGGGUACUUCUGGGAACUGAAUAGUACAUGGGUCUUUAUUGCAGCCUAGAUUCAGGUUUUCUUACAUUUAGAUUUACAGAGAAACCUCAAUUUUACAUCCCCUGAUUUUUAAUUUUCCUGCAUUUUACACCAUUGUUUUGUGUUCCCACUAAUAUAUAACACAUAAUAAACGUCCAUGACU